UGUGAUGUUCCUCAGUGAGCAUGCUCAGGGAGUUUCCGAGGUUGCUUACCACUUCGAGGACGUAGAGAGGGAGACAGCCAGGAGUAAAUAAAGUAUUGUGCGGCCAGGAUGUUGCCCCUCGCAGACUUGGUGCUAGAGAAACUGGCCCUGGAGAACACCCUGUUCCGAACCAUGGUUAUCUCCAGCUUGUUGCUUUGCCUGCUGGCCUUCCUCAUCCGCCAGUGUUUAAAGGCCUUUGACAUUUGCUACCAUUUUUAUGUCACUUGCCAGAGAUUACGCUGCUUCCCAGAGCCCCCUCGCCGCAACUGGCUCCUAGGCCACUUGGGUAUGGUUCAACCCACCGAGGAUGGAAUGGCCAAAGUGGCCCAGAUAGUAAGCACCUUAUCCUCAACAUUCCUCAUGUGGAUGGGACCCUUCAUGCCAGUACUUAUCUUGGUUCAUCCUGGUUAUAUCAAGCAGGUUUUGACAGCACCAGCUGAUACUGCUCCCAAGGACAAAGUCUUCUAUGGCUUCCUGAAGCCCUGGCUUGGAGAUGGAUUACUACUGAGCGAUGGGACAAAGUGGGCACGACACCGGCACUUGCUCACUUCCGCCUUUCAUUUUGCUAUCCUGAAGCCUUACCUGAAAAUCUUCAAGCAGAGCACAGACACCAUGCAUGCCGAGUGGCGCAAACUGCUGUCAGCAGGCCCUGCUUCUCUUGACAUGUUUAAGCACAUCAGCCUCAUGACUCUAGACAGCUUGCAGAAAUGUGUGUUCAGCUAUAGCAGCAACUGUCAAGAAAAAUCAAGUGACUAUAUCACAGCCACCUUGGAGCUCAGCUUCCUUGUUGUGCAUCGGCACCAUAACCUGCAUCUGCAUGUUGACUGGGUUUACUACCUGACAGCCGAGGGCCGCCGCUUCCGCAGCGCAUGUGACACUGUGCAUCAUUUCACAGCAAAUGUGAUUCGGGAGCGCCGGAUGGCACUUAACCGCUUGGGUGAGAAUGCCUGGCUCAGAUCAAAGCAGGACAAAACCAUCGACUUCAUUGAUAUUCUGUUGCUGGCCAAGGAUGAAGAGGGUCAACAUUUGUCUGAUGAAGACAUAGCAGCUGAGGCUGACACCUUCAUGUUUGAAGGCCAUGACACUACAGCAAGUGGCUUGUCCUGGAUACUAUACAAUCUGGCUCAACACCCGAAGUAUCAGGACCAGUGCCGGGCAGAGAUUCGGGAUCUGCUGCAGGGACGGGAAACAGAAGAAAUUGAAUGGAAAGAUCUCUCCCUCAUGCCCUUCACCACCAUGUGCAUCAAGGAGAGCCUGCGCCUGCACCCUCCAGUCACAGCCAUAUCUCGAUGCUGCACUGAGGAUGUGAACCUUCCUGAUGGACGAGUUAUCCCUAAAGGGAUUAUCUGCCUGAUCAGUAUCUUUGGGACCCAUCACAAUCCUGCUGUCUGGCCAGAGCCUGAGGUCUAUAACCCAUAUCGCUUUGAUCCAGCGGUCUCACAUCAUCCACUGGCUUUUGUGCCCUUCUCUGCAGGACCCAGGAACUGCAUUGGGCAGAACUUUGCCAUGGCAGAGCUAAAGGUGGCCCUGGCCCUGACACUGCUGAGGUUUGUGGUGCGGUUGGAUGAGAGCCGACCUGUACGGCGCAAGCCAGAGCUAAUCCUGCGGGCAGAGAAUGGGCUGUGGUUGCACGUGGACCCGAUCCCUGCUGAAUCUUGAUCAGAAGUUCCACGCAGAAGAUUAAAGUCUCUGGUCUUCAACCUGUAGUCUGUACUGAAAUGUGCCAAGAGGACUUGUGGCCAGGAUACUCUUUGCUUCCAGCUUCGUGGAGGGCAGGAUAGAUUGUAUUUUGCAGACAUCUUCCUCCCACCAAUGUGCCUAUGCCCCGUAGUCUACUAAUUGCUGCUUAGCCCUACUUUAUUUCUUUGCUACCAUGAUGACUACCAACAGGUAUUCUAAAUUAGAUUAAAAUCAUAUGAAAUGA